AUGCUUUUCCAACUUUGGCUCUUCCCUGCUCUAAUUGCAGCAGCUUUAGGCCAUUCCAUACCACUUGGAGAAGCAAUUUCUCAGGAAUGUCUAGAAUGUCGAGUAACUGUUGACUUGUAUGAAAAAGAAUAUGGAGAUAAAACCACAGACCAUAUCGGAGAACUUCUCAUAGACUUAUGUAUAUCGUUCAAAGUAGAAACUAACUAUAUAUGCAGAGCAGGUUUAUCUAAUUAUAAGGAGGAAAUUGAGUAUGUUUUGGAUACUACUCUUACGACUCCUAAACAAAUCUGUUCUCUCGUUUUGGAUAAUUGCGGGAAGUUUUUUGAUCCUAUGAAUGUUACUUGGCAACUCCCAAUGCCUGGUUCUAAGCCUCCUGUUAUACCGAAAACAGUAAUCAAACCUGGCCAACAUACUCUCAAAGUCCUUCAUUUAACUGAUAUUCAUAUUGACAGAGAUUAUGUUGUAGGAUCAGAAGCUCAGUGUAGCAACAAAGCUUUUUGUUGUCGUCCUGAUGAUGAUCCAAAUGAGCUUAAUAAAGAAGGCGUCGAUAUCGUAGAGCCUGCAGGAUAUUGGGGCACACGUGGAAAGUGCGAUGUACCGUUUUGGUUCGUAGAUAAUAUGCUACAGCAAAUCGCUGAGACUCACAAAGAUGUAGAUUACAUAUACUUGACGGGCGAUUUGGAAUCUCAUGCCGUUUGGGAUUACACGAAAGAAGCGCAUGCCGAUCGAAUCCGCAAUAUUUCUGCUCUAAUUCGCAGUCACUUUCCCGAUAAGAAAGUUUACUUUGCUGUAGGAAAUCACGAAGGAGUUCCCAUGGACAGUUUUGCUCCACAUUUCACACCUGCCAAGUUCAACAUGUCUUGGCUGUACGACACGAUUGCAGAUUCUUGGAAGGACUCCAUUCCAUCAGACCAAGUUAAUCUAGUUAAAUAUAAUGGAUGUUUUAUGGUGAAACCGUUCCCAGGACUUCGUAUCAUAUCCUUAAACAAUGGUUAUGGAGACACUAUGAACUUCUUCCUCAUGGUUAAUCAAACUGAUCCUGAUAACUCAAUGUCCUGGUUCAUAAAACAACUUGAUGAUGCUGAGAAAGCAGGUGACAAGGUGCAUGUUAUUGCUCACAUACCUGGAGGAACACCCGAAGGAAUGGAAGGAUUUUCUCUGAAUUACUACAGAGCAAUGAUCCGAUAUGAGAACACAGUGGCCGGCCAAUUCUUCGGUCAUGUACACGCUGAGCUGUUCUACAUGUUUUAUGAAAAUCCUAACAGUGCUCAAAGUCGACCAGUCGACGUUGUUUACAGUGCGCCCAGCGUCACCACGUACUCGAGAUACAAUCCUGCGUACCGAAUUUAUACCAUUGAUGGAAACUACAUUGGUUCGACAUUUAGAGUAAUUGAUUGGGAAGAGUAUGUAUUUGAUAUGAAGGAAAACAACAAAAACCCACAGAAACCAACAUGGCAAACAUUGUAUUCUUCAGUGCUUCAAGAAUAUGGUUUGAAAGGAAACUUACCUUCCGAAUGGAGCAACUUGAUCAAUCGCAUGAAAACUGAUGAUGCUUUGUUCAAUAAGUUCAUGAAAAAUUACUAUCGUUCGACUGAAUUUCCUGAUUGGGACGAAGAUAGUCGACUUGAACGUUUAUGCUCAUUGCGUAAAUCCCAUCAUUCAGAAGAACUAUGCUCAGAUUUGAAAAAGGCUGGCAGUGCCUGA